AAACCCAAGAUGCAGGCUCCUGCCGAGGGAAAGUGCUCCUUGAAAUCAUCACCACAGACCCCGCUGCGAAAGUGCAGAGGAGGAGAGAGGAAAAGCUUUGGCAGCCAACCUCCUGCGGCUGAGGGCUUCGCAAGCAAGGCAAUGGCUUCAGGCUCCCAGAGCUUCUCUCUCACCUUUCUCCAGGGCGUGGGAUCUGCCUUCUUCAUCCUUCAGAUCAUCUCUGUUCAGGCUGAUGGGAAAGUGUUUGCACUUGAGUCCAAGAACAACUCUCAGGGUCUGGAUUUAGCUGAAGCUAAGAAAGCUUGCGUUGACCUGAAUGCUCGCUUAGCAACUGCAGAAGAACUGAAAAGGGCUGUUCUGGACUGUUCUUUCGCUGGCUGCUCCACGGGAUGGCUCGACGGUGGCUCUGCUGGGACAAUUAUAUGCAGAAAGACGGGCAGCAAACAGCAGAGCGUGAAAGCCAUUGAUGUUAAAAUUGAAACCGGUCCCUUUGUGAAUGACCAUUAUGAUGCUUUUUGUGUAAAGGAUGAAGACAAGCCCUGCGGGGACCCACCAUCCUUCCCCCACACCAUCCUGCAUGGCCACACUGGCUUUGAAAUGGGGGACGAGCUGCUGUAUGUUUGCGCCCAGGGGUACAUCAUGGGCAACAAGGAGACGGCGUUCACGCUGCUCUGCAAUAGCUGCGGGGAGUGGUACGGGCAGGUUCAGGCCUGUGUCAAAGAUGAAACCGAGGCACACAUUGACUACGAAGAUAACUUUCCUGAUGACAGAUCAAUACCUGUUGUUGAGAAUGGACACAUCAAUGGCAAAGAGGAAAUGGAGCAGGAGCAAGAACAGCUUUCCUUCAGUAAAAGUUCAGAGGAAAGAAGAAUUGGAAGUACCAAAGGUGUUACUCAGGACACAGACACUUCUGAAAGAGGAAGCAGGGCAUCAACUGAAUCUCCUGUGUCACUCCUAAGCCAAAAACACUUGUUUUGGUUUCCAUCAGAGGCUUUCAGUGAGCCUGAAUCAGAGAAAGAGACAGAUGAUUCCACUAAAGCGGAGCUUUCUGAAGGUGAUAACCACAUUGGAGUGAAGGCACCCUAUGAUGAACCUGGUGCCAAAAUGUUUUAUGACAGUGAGGAUUUCCCCAUUGGACCCAUUCUCACAACUAAUGAUACAAAGGCAGAGAUAGAUGCAGUUGCCAUCACUGAUGAAUCAUGGUUAGAUGGCUAUCCAGUAACGCAAGAAGUGGUAGAGGAUGAUGAAGAGGAAGGGGAUAAAGUUGAUGGUUCAAUGGGAACUGAAGAUGAUGUUGUCCUCACAACUGAGCAACCAAAUCAUGCUGAUGUAAGAAAAUCAGACAAUGGUGGCCCAGCUCCAGAGGAAGGUUUAACACAGAUUGCGGCAGCAACAACAAAAGCAGAUGAUGAAGGGACCAAAGAGACACCAGUGCUACUUACAUCAGUAAGUGGUCUGGAGAACUUAAGCACAAGCAGAGGUUAUGAUGAUACUGCAUGGGACCACCCAACUGCAUCUCUGGAAACUGUGACUCAGGAGCCUAGUACAACAAUGCUGUUUGACAUGACCAGCUUAAAAACAUCCACGUCAGAAACCUCUGUGAUGGUCAGCCCCUCUGAUCACACUCCAUACGCAGAACCAAAAGAUACAACCACCUACCCUGUACAAAUAGCAACCACUGCACCAGCUCCAGAUAUCAUUACUGGCACAUCAUCCCAGGAAUUAGCUGAGGAGGAAAAUCUCACUCAGGACCUCGGAGAACAGCCUGUCCCCACUUCUGAUCCAUGUGAGGAAGAGGACUGUCCCAGGUCCAGUAAAGGUGCUAUCAUAGCAGUAAUUGUGAUUCUUCUCUGUUUGUUACUGGUUGCAGCUGUACUGGCCGUGUGGUUCUUCAAAAAACGGCAGCAAAAAAAUUCUGUCUAUAAACUGAAUGGAAGGUGUCAACCCAGGCAUCACUGCUACCACCACUACCACCACCAGCACAUCGAAAUGCAGAAAGUCUAACCAGGGGCCUUUGGGCAGAGAUGCUAGAAACUGGAGGGAAAACAUACUGAUGCUAGAAGGAUCACACGACUCAUGGAUGCUAAAAUCCAGCAGUGCAGAAAAGAAUGCUAAGAGAACAAAGAAGACAGAAAAGAUUUCAUCCUUUUGAAAUCACAGUUUAACACAUUCAGUCUUUCGAGAGCUAAAGAAUCUGUAUGGUUUUAUUACAGGAGUCUUCUGGAGGUAUCAACAGGACACCGUGUGCUUGGUAGUACAUCUACAGUUUGUUCCGCUUUUACAUUUUGCUCCUAUUAAUAAUAAAUUAAUUGAUUAAUUUCUGUGUUACCUGGUUAUAAUGUAAUGGCAGGGCUGGUCAGGCCUUCUUGGUCUAUUCUCAGUGGAAGAAGGAAAGAAAGAGAGAAGGAGAAAGACGUUUUUGGAGCAACCACACAUUUGGUGUUGUUCCUUUUUUAGAACCUGCCCAACCUGGUCAGGAUAAAAAACCAUAACAAAUUAUUACCUGAUGUGUCUUAAAAUGAAAAACUAUUUGCUACCGUACUUUAAAGGAUAGUCCUGCAAUGAUGACUAAGGUACUUUUCUUCAGUGUUGUGAACUUAACAAGCCACAAGUGUUGGAUCAUCACGCUAGUUUUCUGGAAGGUGUUAUUUUAGCCUUAGUGAAGAAGUACCAUUCUUAUACUAAUCUUUUUAUAGACAUCAUGAUGUCUCCCUGGAACUCAGAGAAGGCAGUAAGUGCCAUUCUUCCUCGAGUAUCAGCAGGAAUUAGAGCACCUUUGAUUCCAGGUGUUAUAACGAAUAGCCUCUUAUUACAGAGCCAAACAGUGACGAAGCACUUUCCAGGGACACCCUAUAUAAAGUCGGCUGCUUUUCUGAACACAAUACUGACUGACCAGGAUACUGAACUCACAGCUGGGUGUACCUCUGGCAACUGAAGCCAUGCAGAAUACUUCUGCCACAUGAACUCUGUGGAAGGACUGAUUUUCUCCAUCCUGCUCUUACAUCAGCUGGAAGGGUGCCUGGGGUGGACAGUGGCUGUGGGAGAUGGGUAUCCAUUUUGAAUGCUGCUUGUUGUGGUUUUAAAGAUAAAGCAAACCUGGGAAAGAGAAAUUGCAUCCAGUUAAUAAAUGCAAACACUCGACUUCUAGACUGGGCGUUGGUGUAAAAACCCAGAGGCUUUUCCAACAGCAUGUUCCAUUUCCAAGAGUCCUGAAAAUAAACAGUGUGAGAGAAGAGGAUGUUUUCUAGAAUCCCUUAACAUAGUUCUGGUGAGUUUAGUAUGAAAUGCUCUUCCUUACGUUUCUGAAUGAACAGGAGAAAGACUGGUAACUGAAUAACCUGCAGGUCAGAAAUAAAUUCAUCUGCCACUCUAUUGCUCAGCCUUAGCCAAAAUAUGCCAGUAAUUCAACACACCAAAAUACUGGAGUAAGAAAAGAUGACUGGGGGGAGUUGACCUGUGCAGCCUUGAGUCAGAGUGGUAACCAUCCUUAACUCCAUGGAAGGUAGACUUUAUGAAGUGGAGUGCAGAAUUGGGCCCGUCUUACACCCAGCCAUCAAUCUCAGUGCUGAUAAGGAAAACAGAGCAUUUUUAGAUGAUGGCCAUAUGGAGAAUUUGACCUCAGAGUGGUAUGAGUGGCAAUAGCCACAGUAAAUAAAGGACAGAAACUGUACAAAUCUGUAAAUAUUGUGUUCUCUGCCAUAUGCAUGACUUUAUGAUUUUAAUGCAUUCUAGACUAUGAAAUAACCUAGGAAUUCUGUUGUAAACUAUUUUUUAAUGCAGUAACAUUUAAAUAAAUCCAAAAAAACAGUGGAUUUCGCACUAUGCAACUUUAUAGAGACUAACUGAACUAAAACAUACCACCUGUAAUCUUAUAGGAACAUGCUGGAAAAGAAACCUGGGGACAGCCAUUACAAAUACUGUUUAAUAGAAAGAUACAAGUAUGUGUUACAGCUCUGCGUAGCAUCAUUCAAAAUGAAAAGUCAAUACUCUUUGGCUCAAGAACUGAACAUGUGAAAAUGAGGCUCAAAAUAGAAUUAAACCCACAAAUUGCACAAGGACCUUAUUUGAGGCUUAGAAAUAAUUGUUAUUCACGAACCAGCAGAAAAUGUACGUUAAUAUAAUGCUUUGGAGGUAUUUAAAUAAAGAUCAAGGUACAAAAAAGGGA